UUAUUUUUGUUUCCAUCAUAAAACAAAAUUAUAUUCUUGCGUUACUCUUCUGAUACACGAAAUUGGGGAAGAGGGAUCGUCGAACCAAAACGACGACGCAUUGAAGCUCGCUCGGUGGUGCUUCAAUGGAGAAUCGCGACGUAUCAGCGUACUACCAGAACAGAAUGGCGCACUUCGGCGUCGUCAGCGACGAGUGGCUCGCUCAGGCCGAGUCCGCCAUCGUCCCCUCCAACACCCCCGCCGCCCCCUCCCACACCGCCGCUGAUUCCAAUUUCUCCGUGAUCGACGAGUUCAACAAGUGGCGGAGAAACCCCGAUUUGGCUGAGGCCGUCGCCGCCAUUCGCGCCCUCGCCGCUGUCAUCAGCUCCAGCAAGGCCUCCACCAUAGUGCACCUCGCAAACGAGCUCAAGAACGCCUCCGAUUCCCUCAAAUCAUCGGAUACGACCUCGAUCUCGUUGACAGCAGCAUGUGAUUUGUUUAUGAGAUAUGUGACAAGGACUUCUGCUUUGGAAUAUGAAAACUUCAAUUCGGCAAAAUCGCGUUUGAUUGAGCGCGCUGAAAAGUUUGGGGAAAUCUCCCUCAAGGCUCGCAAGAUUAUUGCAAUGCUGGGCCAAGAUUUUAUAUUUGAUGGUUGUACGAUCUUGGUUCAUGGUUUCUCUAGAGUUGUCUUUGAACUUCUCAAACUGGCUGCGCAGAAUAAGAAGCUGUUCCGGGUCCUCUGCACUGAGGGGAGACCAGACCGGACAGGUUUAAGGUUGUCCAGUGAGCUGGCCAAGCUUGAUGUUCCUGUGAAACUGGUAAUAGACUCUGCAGUGGCAUAUACAAUGGAUGAGGUGGACAUGGUAUUAUUUGGGGCAGAUGGAGUUGUUGAAAGUGGUGGUAUAAUCAACAUGAUGGGGACUUACCAGAUUGCUUUGGUUGCAAAGUGUUUGGAUAAGCCAGUUUAUGUGGCUGCUGAGAGUUACAAGUUUGCUCGGCUUUACCCUCUCGAUCAAAAGGAUUUGGAACCUGCGUUACGCCCAGUUGAUUUUGGCGUUCCUAUUCCGUCCAAGGUUGAGGUUGAAUGCUCUGCCCGGGAUUAUACUCCUCCUCAAUAUCUGACUCUGCUUUUCACAGAUUUAGGUGUUCUUACUCCAUCUGUUGUUAGUGAUGAGCUCAUCCAGCUAUACUUGUAGUCACCUGUGUAACAAUUUUGCUCUGAUUCUUGUAAAAGGUUGGCCUGAGUUCAAGGUUGUGUAUCUUAGGAAACAAUUUUGUAAUAAGUAUGUGCAUUAGCAACCUGUGAUUGUGGAUAGUUCUUGUUGUACUUGUUGAGCUUAAGUCUCUAAAGGCUUGUUUGCAAAAAUGUUUCAUAUUUUCAUUUGUCA